AUGUAUAUUUUCUUAGUUAACUCCUACGAUUGCUGCAGUAACUCUCCUCCUACUCUCUCUUUGACGCCUACUCUGACUGUUGGGCUUUUGACAUCAAAACUCCUCCAACUUUCACUCGCUGCUCUGAUGCCUUCUCCCUCUGUGCUAAUUAAUCUGACUUUCCUCCUCCGCUACUCAGUGAUAAACUCCUUUCUCCAUCUCUUACUUCUCCUCUUCCUCUCGCCCCUCCAACUACCACAGAUACGCUACAGUCACGGAACAGGUCCGAGCCUUUUCAAGAUGGCUUCCAACGGUGUGGACGGUGAGACGAACGCCGAUCGCAAUGUAGAGAUCUGGAAGAUAAAGAAACUCAUCAAAAGUCUGGAGGCGGCUAGGGGAAAUGGUACAAGCAUGAUCUCCCUAAUUAUUCCGCCUAAGGAUCAAAUCUCGCGAGUUGCAAAGAUGUUAGCAGAUGAGUUUGGUACAGCCUCUAACAUAAAAAGUCGUGUGAACCGGUUGUCUGUGCUUGGUGCCAUUACAUCUGUACAACAGAGAUUAAAACUAUACAACAAAGUGCCUCCAAAUGGUUUAGUCAUCUACUGUGGUACCAUUGUCACAGAUGAAGGAAAAGAAAAGAAAGUCAACAUUGACUUUGAACCGUUCCGACCUAUUAACACUUCACUCUACCUCUGUGACAACAAAUUUCACACAGAAGCUCUAACAGCCCUCUUGGCAGAUGACAAUAAGUUUGGUUUCAUUGUGAUGGAUGGUAAUGGAGCAUUGUUUGGGACCUUGUCUGGGAACACUCGUGAAGUCUUACAUAAAUUCACAGUGGAUCUACCAAAAAAACAUGGGCGUGGUGGUCAGUCUGCCUUGCGUUUUGCAAGAUUGAGAAUGGAGAAACGUCACAACUAUGUUCGGAAAGUAGCUGAGGUAGCAGUCCAGUUAUUCAUCACUAAUGAUAAACCAAAUAUCUCUGGCCUCGUUUUAGCUGGUUCUGCAGAUUUUAAAACGGAACUCAGUCAAUCAGACAUGUUUGACCCAAGGUUACAAGCCAAAAUUAUCAAAAUUGUUGAUGUGUCCUAUGGAGGAGAGAAUGGAUUCAAUCAAGCCAUUGAACUAGCUUCAGAUGCAUUAGCUAAUGUUAAAUUUAUUCAAGAAAAGAAAUUGAUAGGCAGGUAUUUUGAUGAAAUCUCUCAGGAUACAGGCAAAUAUUGUUUUGGUGUGGAGGAUACUUUGAAAGCUUUAGAAAUGGGUGCUGUUGACAUUCUGAUAGUAUGGGAGAACCUUGACAUAACAAGAUAUAUAUUAAAGAAUCAUUCCACAGAUGAGGAAAAAAUUUUACACUUAAGGCCUGAACAAGAGAAGGAUAAGACUCAUUUUAUGGAAAAAGAGACUGGAGUAGAACUGGAAUUAGUUGACCAAAUGCCUCUUCUUGAGUGGUUUGCCAAUAAUUACAAGAAUUUUGGUGCCACAUUGGAAAUCAUCACAGACAAGUCCCAAGAGGGUGCACAGUUUGUGAAAGGCUUUGGUGGUAUAGGAGCCAUUUUGCGGUACCAAGUAGACUUCAAUAUUUUGGAGGCCUUUCAUUCCCUCUUUUCUUUUCUCACCACCAAUCUACAUCAUCAUUUUUUUUUUCCUCCACAGCUUUUGGUGGCCAGGGUUGAACAGCCAUAA